AUAAAUGCAUAGGAAAACAGUAGAAAAACGAAAAGCAUAUGAAUCCAUAAACCAAACCUAACCCAUCCAAACCCAGCCGAGCCGAAAUGAGCCGAGCCGGUUCAAUGAUUUAAGUUUGAGAUUCCAAACGUGUGCACCGCACGCCCCUCUAUUUAUACCCCUCAACUUCUACCCACCGUUUUCUCUCUCACACACCACACUACUGUCUCUCACUUUCUCUCUCACCGCCAUCAAUCUCACACGCGCCGCCGUCACCAUGGCCGAUUCCCGCCGUCCCCGCCGCCAGCCCAGCCGCCUGCAGUCUCACGCUCCCUCGUCGCUUCAGAUAAACCGCUCCGUCCAGUGGAACGUGGCCAUCCCGCUGCUCUCCCCGCUGGCUUCGUCGCCGCCGCCGCCUCCUCCUCCGCCGCAGAAGGAUGAGCCACUGCAGCAUCAGCGGCCGCCGGAGAAAAUCGUCUUCAAAAAGUGGCAGCACCCCGCGGCUCCGUUCUGCUACGAACCACCCUCGGUGGUUGCACCCUUCGUUAACGUGUAAAUAACUAAGAAAAAAAAAUGAUUAUGUGAUCUAACAUGUUUCCAUUUCCAUUUUCAAUUUUUUUUCUUUGUGUAGACACGUAUAUAAACCCUCAUAAUAUUAAGUAAUAAUAGUAUGACCAAGUUUUGUUUCUUCUUUGGAUUAAA